AUGUUGAUCGUAUACCCAAAAUCAAAUCUUCUAGAGGUCUGGGAUUGGGUCCCUCCGAGCCACGCGAAGGUUACCACAAAAUGCAGUGGGGAUACGUUGUAUCUUCAGGGCCAGUACACGUUGUCGAUUCCACCAUCAGGCCCACCAGAAUACGGAUUUAAGUACACCAUCAAUGCUCCAGUACCAGGUGAAUCAAAAGAGUUUUCUAGAACAAUAGAAACGGUCAAAAUCUUAAGCGGGACAGUAGAGGAGGGGCAUACAAUCUUAGUUUUGAGUAAGACCUUAAACUUGCCCCUUCCCUAUGCUUUAGAAGUUCAUUUCCUCGGCAAAUCAAAUAAAACAUCAAUUCAGCAGAUAUUGGAGCUACCUUGUGUAAUGCAAGAAUCAUGUAGCGAACUUGAAUUCACUGUUAAAGCAAAUGAUAAUUUUAUAGUUGUUUCCAAUGACGAGGGGUUUUUAUAUUUAUUUAAGUUUGACGGGGAGGAAUACCGUCCUGCAAAUUUUGAUUUGAACUUACUGUCAAUAAGAAAAACAUCCUGCCAACCCAAUGCAAGCCAGGAUCUCUUAUCGUCAAAAUUGACGGAUGAGGAAAUACUAUUAAAGACAAGUUGUUUCGAUAACAAGCCUAUUUUCGAUAUAGUAGGUAAUUGGUUGGUUUAUUCGCCCACAAAGUUCGAAUAUGACCAUUUAAAGGUCAUAAACAAUACCAAUAACAAGCUAGCUAAUGAAUAUGAAAAUGACGAUAUCGAUCCAAUUUCUUCUUUUACAAAUAAGGAAAGCAACAGGAAACAAGAAUCAAUUUUCACCCCAGUAAGAUUACCACCACCGGGUCCUCUUUUAAACAGGGUUAUAUCUACGUUGUCCAACAAUGCUCUAGAUGGGUUGUUCAAGCUAUCAGAAGUUAGCUCCAGUAGAUUUAAAGCGUAUUUAAACAAGGACAAAGAAGUGGUUGCAAAAAAUGAACAGGACAUGGCUCAGUCUCUUAAUUCAAUUAGUAAAACAAUUGGUAAAGCGUUGUACUCAACAGCUUCAAACACCGUAUCAACCAUUCAGAAGAAGACAAUGGCUUCACAACCAAACAAUAAUCAACUUAUAAAGAUCAUCGAUUUAUCAAACGAUAAAAUAAUAGGAAUUUUUAAACCACCAGGAGGUGUUUCAAACUUGUCGCUUUCACCCUUUGAUUUACAACUAGUUCAUUCAAGCCAUAGGGGUGACAAUUUCUUCAUGUGGGACUUGUACAAAUUGCCAAAUGAAAUAUCGUUGAUUGGAAAAUUUAAUAGAGGUAAAACAUCAGCCAUAAUAAAGGAAAUAUUUUGGUUUGUAAGUAACUACGACAACACGAGCAUAAUACAAGGUAACAAUUUGGGGUUUGGAUGCAUAACAAAGGCAACUGGUUCAGUGCAUUGGUUCAACAUAAAUUACUUGUCAGGAGAUUUGACUAAUAAUUAUCCUAACAACCUUACUAAAGAUAAUCUGGAAGAUGUACCGCCAAAGGGACAAUUUUUGGAUUCUUGGGUUUUAUCAUCUAUUAAUGCCACUAAGUUUACUUCAUUACCUAACAUUGCAAACAAUAUUAACAGCAAGUACAAACCGAACUCAAAGUUUAAUAUUAAUCAAUUGGCAAUAUUGGAUAAUAAUGAUCAAAUUAAGCUUAUUUCACCUCUAAAUGGUAAUCAUCUUUUCAAGUAUGAGUUACCGAAGACAGAAGUGAACAAAGAAACUAUAUUUGAAAAUAACUUACAUGCAAUUGAUAAAUCGUCCAUCGAUCCUAAGGCCCAUGAGGUAGACUCGAUCACACCAUUAUCACAAGCUGAGAUUGAAACCUGUGGUCCAUAUUUGAAUUUGGUAAAUAACAAGAACGUCCAAUUCUCAACCUACGACUUCGAUGACAAUUCAAAGCCCGAUUUCGAAAAUUUCUUGAAAAAAUAUAGUGAGUUUGGAAACGAUAUCCCUUUUACAGAAAUAAAAUUUAAGAAUGAAAGACAGAAAGAUCCAAUCGAGCCUUUGUUGUCCGAUUUCUCAGAAGGGUUAGUUAUGGAUCAAGAAAACCUAGAGUCGUCCAUGAAAGACACAAGCCAAGAGUCGCUCGAUUAA